AUGUCCAACGCAUGGACGAAUAUUCCGUACAGACGGAUAGAGAGAACUGCUCGUCGACUCCUCUUUUUGCUCCGAGAUUGGCCCCCAACUGCGAUGCAUCCGUCCAUCCGAGGUUCCCAUCGGAUGAGCCAUCCACCUUCACGCCCACCCAACCCCCGAGUUGAGACUGCAAUGUUUCAAUAUGCAUGGUUCCUCGAGGGCAGGGCUCCAGGAAUCCGCCCAUAUUCCAUUGAACCCAAGUCUUUGGGUCGCAUUCUGGUUCCUCAAGGGACUGUGUCGCCGUCGCCGAGGAUGCAACAUGGCGACGCCGGUCACACCCUUGUCGUCGACUCGCGGCGAGCCAUGUUGUCCAAUUUGCUUCGCAGUAUAAUCAGCCGAAGCAUAAUCACGACACCCAUGCAGGCAAAUAGCAAACACAAGAGGGCUAGUGAGAAUGGCAUCGAGCCUUGGCCUGCUGUUUCCAGGUUGUAUUUCCACACGCGCUAUGCCUCAUUCUUCAACCGCCUUUUCCCAUCUUCCAAAAGUACCAACGCUGCAGAGAAGGUCCUCAUUAACAGAAACCGUUGCAAGCCCGACGCCCUUGGCCCCUUAUCAGCGAUCACAAAGGACAUGCCCCUUGCAGUCGCAAUUGCACUAAUGCAGGCAAAUUUGGCCGUCAUGCUGAGUAUCCAUCUUGGGUGUAUGGGGUACGUAGUACAUACGGAUAAGGACAACUAUCCGUACUUGUCCCUCAAGGUCCAGAGACUGGUAGCCUGUAGUAAGCUGCCGGACGCAAUUCUGGAACUUAGCCCAAUAUUCGCGGUUCGCCUCGGUUGGCCUACCAGCCCUCCAUCCAUCCAGGGGAGACUGGCGCAGCCCGCUGUCUAUUGGACGCAAGGCGCAGACGUCCUCUCGAUAUCGCCCAAGGUUCUCAAGGGCCGCAUCUCUUGCAUUGUGUCCUCCGUGUCAGCUGCACUACAGCAUCUCACCAUGUGGGAGUUUGUGAGCUGCACCCCAACUCUCGGCCGGAAACCCUGUCGUCACCAGUUCGCAGGACCCGGUCAGGCUGUCACCCCUAUUGUUUACCGUGGAAGGCCAGCAAAGUCUACUCCUCCCGAUGAACGUUUCUUUGUGCCGUGCUUUCGUCCCAGCCAUCAUGAGAUGGGCGGCACGUCCUGGUCAGCACUAACAAGGCAAGCCCAAAUCACCCUCCAAACGCCGUCGCGCGAAAGCGGCGGGCGUAUUCCGAACAAGUCCGAGCGGAAUUGGAGCCAUUGGAAACAGCGACUUUACAAUGGGGGAAGAAGCUUGAAGAUAUGGGUACACGAUGAGUUUGCAGAUAUCCAGAGCGCCGGGUUCCUCAUGUCCCAAGUCCCUCCCCUCCUCUCCCCCCGCCCCCUUCCUCCCCUGGGCCCUGGGCCCUUGGAUCAUGGCCACAUGGCAUCCAUCGACGGUAGCAGCCCUGCCCCCUCCGCCCUGACCUCGAACCAGUGGGUCUGGCGUGUGGACCCUGCUCGCAGGUACAUGUCUUUCAACAUACAGCUUGAUAACUUGGUACAGAUACAGAAUCAAAACCACUAUGAACCUGUGAUUGCGACGCCAUAUUCGUACGAACAUGAGGAUUCAACCACCGGGCGUGCCUCAAACUCCUACUGUAGCCAGGGAUCCGUCAGACCAACGAGGCAGCAGGGCCCCGGUAAGCCCGUAACAAGAAGCUCGUUGCCAUACACCUUCUUAAUCAACCAAGCCACGCCCUCUAGCUCUGAACCAUCCACACAUGUAAGGUCUGAACUGGAGGGGUCAAGAGUCAGCCCUCGAGUGGGAGCUGUGGUUUUUGACGGCAUAAGUAUCCCUCAAAGCCAUUGGCCGCCACUACGCAAUGAUGAUCCCUUGGCGGCCGUGACAUCGCAGCUUCGAGAUGGAUGUGUUGGCUGGGGCCAACACGAAGGAGGGCCAACAUGGACAAUGGUGGCUAGACACCGGCCCUUUAAUGGACAGCCUCGGGCUGUCCGCCGAUUGAGCGGGACAAUCCACCGCAGUCCGCUUGAGCUCUCCGGUUCUGACACCCGAAUGCGGCUUCAGCGUGAUGCUGCUUUUGUUGAAAAUGGAUAUGAAGUUAUGAACACCAUAACACAGAUACUCGUACCAUAUAUGUAUCCCGUAUCCGUACCCCGUACACUAUUGACAAGGAGUGGAGCCAUCAUCUUAUGGGAGUCGCUGCUCGGAAUAUUUCCCUCCUCUAAACCCACGCGCGCCAAACUAUUUCCCGAUCCUCCGAGUCCAAGCUGGAUGCCAAAGCCCGACGAUGAGGUGGCUCUCAUCGCCUGGAAGCCAAAAUCGGGGCUGAUUGGCCCCAGCCUCCGAGCCUCCGAGCCUCCGACAAAGGCCAAGGUGACGGCCAACGGAGACUUUCUUACUCCCUGCCAUGGCCCGUGUGAACUGGGGUUCUGCCCAUCACGUUACCAAACUCCACUGAAUAACAUACAUAGGACACCGCUGAUCGUGUUGAUCGCGUUGAUCCGGACGAACAACCGAGACAUGGAGCAGACGGCGAAUAGGUAUGCGUACAGUCUACGGAUACAGCUUAAGCCUCUCGAUAUGGAUAUGGAUAUGGAUAUGGAUGCAUCAUUGCACACGGAUAUCAAGCCCAAAAAUGAAGCUUAA